UGUGUGACCCCAAAAUUCUACCGUUGGAUUACCAUCUAUCGCGUAUCCUGUCCGUGCAUGGUCUCACUGUAAACAUUAAAUUUCUUUACCCUUCGCUGUAACCCGACAAGUGAACCGAGAUGGCGGCGAUCCCCCCGUCUCCCGUUGCCCUCCGCCCCGCCACCCCUUCCUCCGCCAUCGUCAUCCCGAUGUCCUUCUCCCUCCAUCGCCUCCCCUCGGCUCCACGCCGCCUUUGCUCCCUCAGGCUUGCAUCCGCCUCCUUCCACGGCUGCUGCCGUGGCGCUACCGGAGCAGUCAUAAUGGACACCGCGGCAUCGAGAUACGCGAACGCGCUCGCCGACGUCGCCCGGUCGAACGGCAGUCUUGAGGCUUCCAUCACCGACAUGGAGAAGGUGGAUCGGCUAUUCGCCGACCCUGAGGUCCAGUCCUUCUUCGCCAACCCCACUGUGGCGCCGGAUCGGAAGGCGGAGUUGGUGAAGGAGAUCGCCGCCUCCUGCGAGCUCCGCCCCCACACUGCCAACUUCCUCAACAUCCUCAUCGAGAUGCAGCGGAUCGACAUCGUCAAGGAGAUCGCCAGGGAGUUCGAGGCGUGCUGCAACCGAAUGACUAAUACGGAGGUCGCCAUCGUAUCGUCUGUGGUCCGGCUGGAACCACAAGAUCUCGCCCAUAUUGCGCAGGCAGUGCAGAGGCUCACCGGGGCCAAGAACGUGAGGAUCAAGACGGUACUCGACCCCUCCCUCAUUGCCGGCUUCACGAUUCGGUACGGGCCAUCGGGGUCCAAGUUCAUCGACAUGAGCGUCAAGAAGCAGAUCAAUGAUAUCGCUUCGCAGCUCGACUUUUCUUUCACCUCCCAUUCCCUUGACUGAUUAACAGGUGAUGUUGAACAAAAUGAUAAUAUUAAAAAGAUCAGCAUGUAUAAAAGUAAAAUGCAUUGCAUUAUGGUUUCUCAAGCAUCUGUUAGGAAGAUGAGGAGCCUGAAAAAUAAAGCUGACCAUGAAGAGACUGUGAUCAGACCAUGUUCAAUUUUGGGUUUCAGCACCUGACUCUAUUGAACUUUAUAAGCCUAUGGAGAAUGAAAGAUUUGUAUUUGCCAGUCCAUUAUCAAAGUGUCCUCGAUGUUACUUGGUUAUUCUCUUUACAAGAAAUUGGCAAAAGAUUAUUUUUCUCGAAAUUAUCUUUGAGCUGGAACUUGGAUGGUGCAGGGAUUAUCACAUAGGCAAUCAUGUAUUCUCAUACAGUAGUUGCAUGAUGUUUCAGCAUGAGAAGAGACUGGAUCUGCUUGCAUUCAUGAAUCACAUAUCUUCUUUCUACUUGUUUAGUCUUAUCAAUACAAGAUGCAAAGUUUAUUUGCCUGGAAACUGGGACAACAUGUGGGAACUGUGUGAUAAGAUGUCUCUGCUGCAAUAUGCUGCAUGAUACAUGGUUCUGACAUUUCAAGGUGAUCAAAUGAAGAGAGUGGAAGGAGACCUGUCGAGUGGAAGCUGAUUGGGAGUUUCCUUGGAAUGUAGGAAUGCAAUGACAAGAAAUAGGAAUGAUUUCAUCUGCAUUCAGAUAUAUUGGUGUAUCAAGCGUUGGUAGAUGCAGAACCCAACAGAAAAAUGGGCAUCCAAAUCCCUCUACAAGUUUUGAGGGAAACAAGAAAGUGUAGUCACAGAGUGAGUUGGAGUAGAACAAGAUUUACCAAAGAAAGAACCUGGUGACUGAUCACAGAAUAAAAACCUCAUCAGUUUUGCUCAGCCCUAAGCAGCAACUCCUGAUUCAUACAGUGUGCUCCUAGUGCCAGUACUGAACGCCACAGAUGAGACACAUCCUCAACCGGCACCUGCAUGGUCUCUUAUAGGUGUAGGAUGAUGAACAAGUGCAUGAUCACUAUCAACUAUCAAGCUUCACUAGCCUCUUGAGAGGAAGUUCAUAUAGGCUCUUACUUGAUACAGAUUCAGUACUUCACUACAGAUGUGAAGAAGCAGAUACCUCAUUACAGAUUGUAUAUAUUUGAAUUCAAAUCAGUGAAAAAUAUCUUGUUUUA